AUGGAUAAUGAGCAACAGUCAGUAAGUAGUGAUACCGAGUUGGAAAGUGGGACACAAAGUAAUGUUAGUGACGUAGUUCAGGAAGUACAAUGUGAGAAUCUGGGGGCAAAAGGACAAGAAAUGUUGCCAUUGCCACCCAGUGAUUCAGUUGAUAGCGGAAAUACUGUGCCAUCCGCAAGCACUGGACACGGACCAGAGAGUGGUGAGGUGUCAGAAGUGCAAUCAUUAAGAGUUAUGUUCGAGCGCAUGCUCAAUUUCCAAGCUGAAUUUGUACGUGUGCAAGCAGAGCGUGAUAGAGAACGUGAUGCUAAACAAGCAGAACGCGAUAGAGAACGUGAUGCUAAACAAGCAGAACGCGAUAGAGAACGUGAUGCUGAACAAGCAGAGCGUGACCAGAGAUUGGUAGCUGAAUUUGCAUGUAUGCAAGCAGAACGCGAUAGAGAACGUGAUGCUGAACAAGCAGGGCGUGACCAGAGAUUGGUAGCUGAAUUUGCCAAACAAGCAGAGCGCGAUAGAGAACGUGAUGCUAAACAAGCAGAGCGUGACCGACGCCUGCAUGAGAGGGACUUGCAGUUGAUGCAAACUUUAGAAGUUAUGCAAAGUGAGAUUGUUAGUUUAAAACAAAAAUAUGAAACCAUACCCAAAACGGUGCAAGAAUUAAGCGAAAGAGUAGAUAGUGUUCAAGUGGCUAACGCCAAUAUAGUAGAGGAAAUCAGUGUCCUGACUAAUAGGCUCGAACAACUAGAAAUUGACACAACUCAAGUAAUUGAGAACAAAGUGAUCGAACAAGUGCACAAAGUAGAAAAUGAAGUCAUAAAAGAAAUAGAUCAGAAAGUGCACGCCGCAAUUGAGGCCAGAGAUGUGGGCUCAAGUGCGGAUGUGCAAGAUCUAAAGAGGAUAGUGCACAAAGACAUUCCGCUGUGGCAGCGGAGUGUGGACCGUCGUCUUGCCGAGAUGGAGCUUAGCUUGCGGCAUGACGAGGCACGGGCGUAUGUCACGCCAGCCAGGUCCAACAAUGAUAGGCAUAUAAAUACUGCAGUAAAAAAUUGCGACUGCGAGACAGAACAGGCAACCAAUCAAGAGGACUAA